GAACGAAAUUGCCGCUCGAUCGCCUAUCUUUUACUGAAAUAAACUCGCGCAAUUAAAGAAAGUACGAGACCACGGCUCGAGUGAAGAAAGAGAGCGUCCGGCGGUGAACGGGAUGGAGAAGCAAGUGGACCGCUUGGAAAAGCGCUGACAGUAGCUGCGAUUGAGAAUUUAAAAGUUCGAAGUGAUGGAGCUGCGCUCCGAAGAGGCCGUGAGAUUGGUGUGGGAAGGGGCUAUUCCUCUCCAGAUCCAUCUCCACGAAUCCGAAGUCACAACUCUACCCCCUCCGCCACCUGUUCUGAUUUUGGGUCCACGUCUUGGAUAUUUGCCUUUGUUGGUGACCGUUGUAAAACCUCACUUCAAUGACACUUUGCCACCUGGUGUUGACUCAGUUUGGUUUGAAUAUAAAGGUUUGCCUCUUAAAUGGUAUAUACCAACCGGUGUUCUCUUUGACCUCCUAUGUGCAGAGCCUGAAAGACCAUGGAAUUUGACAGUUCAUUUCAGAGGGCAUCCAGGAGAAGUAUUGUCGCCUUGUGGUGGGGAGGACCCUGUGAAAUGGAGCUUUAUUAACUCUUUGAAGGAGGCAGCAUACAUUAUUAAUGGUAAUUGUAAGAAUGUCAUGAAUAUGUCCCAGACAGAUCAGUCUGAGCUCUGGCAAUCGUUAGCCAAAGGAAACCUGGAGGGUUACACUCGAGUUUCAUCCAGACUCAAGCUUGGACCAUUUGGAGAGGAUUCUGUUGUGAGAAUGAGCACAGGCAGAAUACCUGUCAGAUUAUAUUUGAGAAUCCUUGGAGAGGAUGCAGAUGAUUUAGAUGAUGUAGCAACUGCUGACAGCUGGGACAGCAUCUCCUAUGUAAAUCAACCUGUUGAAAUUCACAAUGAAGAAGGUAUGUUCAAGAACAAUUUAGUGAUCGCCAAUUUGCUCUUUCUUUUUCAGGAUUUCAGGGAUUAUGUUUGCCACUGUACUAUAGCUUUUUCAUGCUUUAACACAAUUGUGCACAGAUAAAGGUAAAAUACAUCUAUUUUUCUUUGUAACUAUUUGAAAGCUUUGGGGCCUUUUGCUUGCAUGUCUUUAAGAUACUCGUAUUUUGAUUGCCAUGUAAAUUGUUAAUACUGUAUUUUAAACUGUU